AUGGGCUGGCAGCCAGAGCUAGAGCCAUUGAAGGGACUCUCAACAUGUUUAAAAGAUUCUCUCAAUGGCCACAAUAGGACCGCACAAGCGCAAGCCGAAGUUAUGCUCCAAAAGGCCAAAUCAUCACCACAUAUCAACAAUUAUUUAUCAUAUAUUUUUUCAAGCCCAAAUCAACCGUCUGGGCUAGGCUUUACAGCUGAUGAGUACCACACUAUACGGGCCGCGGCUGCUACUAUGCUUAAAAAUAACAUUAAAACCCUUUACAAAAAUAUAUCACCAGAAAGUCUCUCCAUUAUCCAUGCUUCUGUACCCCUGGCUCUUUACGAUAGAAGCUCCUUGAUACGAAACUAUGCUGGAAAUGUUAUCACUGAAGCUGUAAGCAAAGGUGGUAUUCUCGGCUGGCCUCAAAUUUUACCAGAGUUACUAGCAAUGGUUGGUAACGAUAACGGGAAUAUAUCAAUAGAAGCGCAAGAGGGUGCAAUGGUAGCUCUCUCAAAAGUUUGCGAGGACAAUAAAAAACCCCUCGACAAAGAUUAUCAGGGCCAGCGUCCUCUAACCGUCAUUAUUCCCAAGCUAAUAACCUUUACGCAAAAUAAUAGCGCUAAAGUUCGAUCAAUAGCCCUUGCUACUAUAAAUAUCUUCAUACCUCAGAAGCCUCAAAUAUUAAUUGUCUCACUAGACGAUCUUCUACAGCGCUUAUUCCAGCUGGCAGUUGACGAAGUAGCAGAUGUCCGACGUCAAGUCUGCCGCGCUUUCGUACAAAUUGUAGACAUUCGACCAGAAAAAAUUGUGCCACACCUUGGCGGCCUUGUUGACUACAUGCUAUCACAACAACGAAGAAUUGAUGAUGAAGAUCUUGCUUGUGAUGCUGCUGAAUUUUGGCUCACACUAGGUGAACAGCCUGAAAUCGUAAAUUGUCUUGGGCCCUAUUUGACAAAGGUUAUACCCGUCCUAUUGGAGAGUAUGGUAUACUGUGAAGAUGAUAUUGCAACGUUACAAGGUAGGAUGGAUGACGCAGAUCAAGAAGAUCGUUCAGAAGACAUUAAGCCAAGCUUCGCACGGAGUAAAGGCAAAAGAGCUAAUACCAGUUCCAAUGAAGGUGGAUUAGAUGGGUCAGCUGAUGAUAAAGACUAUCUAAAAGGAACUGAAAUGAAAGACGACGAUGAGUUAGAUGAAGGAGAAAUUGAUGAUUAUGACGAUGAUGAAGAUGACGAAAAUGAGAAUCCAGAGGAUCGCUGGAAUCUACGAAAAUGCUCUGCUGCUGCUCUCGAUGUAUUUGCAUCUCAAUUUCGAGGGCCAGUAUUUGAAACUAUACUUCCAUAUCUGAUGUCGAAUUUAAAACAUGAAGAAUGGCCGUAUAGAGAAGCGGCUGUGCUUGCUUUGGGAGCUGUGGCCGAAGGUUGUCUCGACGUUGUUACACCACAUCUUCCGGAGCUAGUCCCAUACUUAAUUUCGUUGCUUAACGACCCAGAGCCUUUGGUAAGACAGAUCACCUGUUGGACGUUAGGUAGAUACUCGUCGUGGGCGGCCAACCUGAAUACUGUAGAACAAAGGGCACAAUAUUUUGAACCUAUGAUGGAAGGUAUUUUGACGAAAAUGCUGGAUCGAAAUAAACGGGUACAGGAAGCCGGUGCAUCAGCUUUUGCUCACCUAGAGGAGAAAGCUGGUGCUCGGAUUACGCCAUACUGUGAGCCUAUCAUACGCCAAUUUGUCUACUGUUUCGACAGAUAUAAGGAUCGAAAUAUUUUCAUACUCUAUGACUGUGUCCAAACUCUUGCAGAGCAUGUCGGACAUGGGCUAGCUCAGCCUCAUCUAGUUGAUCUUCUAAUGCCAGCUUUGAUCCAGCGUUGGAACAAAGUCUCUGAUUCUUCGAGAGAACUAUUUCCACUUCUAGAAUGCCUUUCAUACGUCGCUACAGCUCUAGCAGAAAGUUUUGCCUCAUUUUCACAGCCUGUUUUCGAGAGAUGCAUCAAAAUUGUUCACCAAAACCUCGAGGAGUCCCUUGCGGCCGUCAACAAUCCUAAUCUUGAUACCCCUGACAAGGACUUUCUCGUGACUAGUUUGGAUUUAUUAAGCGCUAUAAUACAAGCACUCGAAUCUCAGCAGUCUGCCGCCCUUGUAUCAGCAUCAAAUCCUUCGAUUUUUGAUCUCCUUCAGUUCUGCAUGAAAGAUCCUGAAAAUGAUGUACGCCAGUCAUCGUAUGCUUUGCUUGGCGACUGUGCAAAGUAUGUUUUCCCACAGUUACAACCAUGUCUAGAUAAGCUUCUACCGAUACUCAUCAAGCAAUUGGAUCUUGAUGCUAUCAUGGAUGAGCAAAUUGAGACCGGCUUCAGUGUUGUGAAUAAUACAUGUUGGUCCGCUGGUGAAGUAGCGAUUCAAUACGGUAAAGGUAUGGCCCCAUACAUACCAAGGCUACUAGAAAGGUGUCUCCAGAUUCUAGGAAAUCCCGAUGUUCCUAAAUCAGUGCUCGAGAACGCAGCAAUUGCUCUGGGGCGACUCGGCCUCGAAAAUGCUGAUAUUAUGGCUCCUCACUUGAUAACAAUUGCAGAGCCAUUUUUGAAAUCUAUCUCUACAAUUGACUAUACAAUUGAGAAAGCAACUGCGUUUAAGGGCUUUUGUCUCAUCGUGACAAUUAACCCACAGGCCAUGGAAAAGGAUCUCGUAUAUUUAUUCACAAUUAUUGCAAAGUACAAGAUAAACGAAUCCAUUAAUUCUUCUCUAACCACAGACCUUGAACAAAUCUUUCGACAUAUCGUUGGACUCUACAAAUCUCUUAUUCCAGAUUUUAACACGUAUAUAAGUUCACAGAUUCCUGCUGACCUAGCAAACAAACUUCAGACUAAAUACAGCUCAUGA